AUGCUUCAGAACGUCGCCAAGCAAGCGGUCAAGUCCAACUCGAAAAGCCAAUUGGUGAGACUUGAUAUUUCAGGUUAAACAGAAAAAUUGAUCUUUUUUUUUCAAAAACACGCAUGGCGCACAAUUUUAAGACAGACUUGAAAACGCGCCCUUGAAAUAGUUAAAAAAGCUGAAAAAUGGAUCAAGAACUUUUCACAAUCAAAAUUCAACGCAAAUUCAUGAUUUUUUCAAACACGCCCUAGAAAGACGCUCUGACGCACAACUACUCUUCAAAACAACCCAUUUAUUUUUUGAAAGGCGCGCAAUACCUUCAAGGGGCCCGUAAGCUUUUCGGAAUCGCUUAAUAGUAUCGAAAAUGUUUUCCUUGAGACACGCCCUAGAAAGACGCUCUGACGCACAACUACUCUUUAAGAGGCUGCUUGUAAUUUGAAAGAUUCUGGAAAAAAAGCGAUUUGUGAAAUACUUGAAGUGGCUUAACAGAAACAACGAAAGUGUGAAAACGGCUCAAAUUCUUUUUUUUUUCCAAACACGCACUGACGCACAACUACGCUUCAAAACAAGCUAUUUUUUAUUUGAAAGGCGCGCGAAAGAUUGAAGUGGUUCGUGAAAUAUUUAAAAAAGCCUUUUAAAAUGUUUCUAUAAUUUCUGAGCUCUUCUACUCGAAAAAUCAACUAAGAUUCCCUAUUCCUUUUAAACACGCCCUAGGAAGACGCCCCUGUUAAGUGCCGCGAAAACUUCUUAAGAGGCUUCUUUUCGUAGCCUCAGUGGUCACUAUAGUGUUUACAUUGAUUCUGUUUUCAGAUAACUCAACUUCGUUCUCGUUCGAAGAGCGUUGAGCGGAAGAAAUCAGAACCGAAAGAAGGUCAAAAUCCUUGAAAGGAUUUUUUGAAAAUGGAAGGAUAUUUAAGGUGCCGAAAAAGCCGCACAAAAGACGGCGAUUCCCACUCGAGCCGUUGAGAAAACCGCUCCACAGAGUGAAUUUUAAAAUUAUUUUUCUUUUCUUUUUCAAAAGUUGUUCAAAUUAACUGUGAAAACAUUGAAAAUUCCAAUGGAUGACGGGAACAAAAAAAACCCUAUAGGGGUUUUUUGUUCUAGGGACCCCUGUAGGGAACAAAAAACGAUCCCUACAGGAGUCAAUUCAAUGGAGUCCGCGAAAUUGACCUCAGAAGCUCGAAAAAAAGCUAAGGGGUUAGACUGUACUUUUUUCGAUUUUCCUGAAAACCAAAGUUUACGAGAUUUUCACAUCAAUCGAUAGGGAAUUGAGUCAGAAGUCCGAAAAAUCCAAGUUGAAAGUCCCAAGCCUCCUAGAACAAAAGUUAUGAUUUUUCAAAGUUUUUUAUUUCUCAUAGCUCAACUUCUAAGAGCCUAGUAACUUAGAGACCUAGUUUUUCUUGAUCCUCGUGAUCUCCUCUAUCGAUUGAUACCCAUUUCGAAGAGUUUUGGAUUUUUCGAUCUUCAAGUUUGAUCGCCUCUAACUAAGUUCCUAGUUGACCUACGGAGGUCAAACCUGGCCCCGGUUAUUUUUUCGACGAGAUCUAUCGAUUGAUAUAGGUUUCCUCCGGAUCGGUUUCCAUGACCUCAGAAGCUCAAAAAAAAGCUAAGGGGUUCGACUGUACUUUUUUCGAUUUUCCUGAAAACCAAAGUUUUCGAGAUUUUUGCAUCAAUCGAUAGGGAAUGGAGUCAGAAGUCCGAAAAAUCCAAGUUGAAAGUCCCAAGCCUCCUAGAACAAAAGUUAUGUUUUUUCAAAGUUUAUUAUUUUCAUAGCUCGAAUUCUAGGAACCUAGGAACUCAGAGACCAAGUUUUUCAAUCGAUAGAUUUGACCUCCUUGAUCUCCUCUAUCGAUUGAUACCAAUUUCAAACAAGUUCGGAUUUUUCGAUCUUCGAAUGAACGUUAGAGAAAAGAAAAAGACGACUGAAAUUUGGAGGGUCAGAGAUAGUUUCGAAUUUCUCGGAAAUCACUUCGAAAAUUCAUGGUAAUUCUCAAAUUUUGUCCAUUUUUUUCAGGCGAAACAGCAGCCACGACGAUGCCCGGCACCUCCCGACGGGCUCCCGCCGGCCUCGACACGAUCGGCAGCACGCCGACCCGCGUCAAGUCCGAGUACAUCCUCAACAACGGCUCCGGGAUACACAGCUUCUACGUUUUGGGUUGGUUGUGAUAAUUAUAAACCACAACUAACCGUGAAAAGGAGUUCUUUUAAAUUUCCAUCCGAAUAUGACGACAUUAUGAGCUUCAAUGACGUUAGUUCCCAUAAAUUCGAGAACUUUUAAUGUUUUAUUUCGAGUGACGUCACCGGAAAUGAUUCGAAUAAAGAUCAAAAGAUGACGUCAUCGCGAGAUCUUAUGACGUCACUCCUAAAAAAAUCCGUUAUUUUUGUUCAGAGUUCAGAGUGACGUCACCUGGAAAAUUUCCAAAAAAGUAUCUUUUUGAAAUGUGACGUCAUCAUGGACUUUUAUGACGUCAUUGCUCAUAAAAGUCGAGGUUUUUCAGUUUUUCAAAUCCAAAAGGAGCAGUGACGUCACCUAAAAAUGUCGAAAACGCUCAAAAUAUGACGUCAUCCCGAGAUCUUAUGACGUCACCCCUAAACUUAAAAUUUUCCAAUUAUUGUUCAGAGUGACGUCACCUGCACUAUUUUGAAAAAUCCUGAAUAUGACGUCAUCAACAGCACUUAUGAUGACGACACUUUUGAAAAAAUUGGAGAAUUUUCAAUUUUUGUUCUAAAAAAAAUUCUGUGACGUCACCGGCACUAUUUCCAAAAAGCUCGGAAAAUGACGUCACUUAUGAAUUAUUCAAAUAUUCUUCCAGAAAACCAAUAA